CUGCGUGCGCUGCGUGGGGCGCGGCGGCCGAGGCGGGAAGCGCGAGCGGCGGCGCCAUGGCGCGAGCGUGGCAGCACCCGUUCCUCAGUGUCUUCAGACACUUCAAGGUGGACGAGUGGAAGCGGUCCGCCAAGGAGGGCGACGUGGUCACCGUGAUGGACAAGACCCUGAAGUGCACCGUGUAUCGCGUUCGGGGGUCCGUCUCUGCCAGCAAUUACAUCCAGCUCCCCAGAACCGGCACCCAGUCCCUGGGGCUGACAGGACGAUACCUGUAUGUGCUCUUCCGGCCCCUGCCCCCCAGGCACUUCGUCAUCCACCUGGACGUGUCCACCGAGGACAGCCAGGUCAUCCGCGUGUCCUUCUCCAGCCUCUUCAAGGAGUUCAAGUCCACGGCCACGUGGCUUCAGUUCCCUUUCAUCUGUGAGGCCGGAACACCCAGGAAAGACGCGGCGGGUGUGCCCCCCACUGGCGCCCGCUGGACCUGCCUGCAGCUCGACCUGCACGACCUUCUCCUGGUCUACCUGAACCGGCGCUAUGGCCACCUCAAGAGCAUCAGGCUGUGUGCCAGCCUACUCGUCAGGAACCUCUACACCAGCGACCUGUGCUUCGACCCCGCUGUCACGGCCCCCGAGGCCCGGCGGGCAAAGCUGCCUGUCACCCCCAUGCCACGAGAAAUGGCAUUCCCAGUGCCGAAGGGGCAGAGCUGGCACGACCGCUAUGUCCACAUCCGGUUUCCAAGCGACAGCUCCAAAGGAGUCUCCACACUGGGUCAGAAGAGCGGUUCCCUUCCUGAGGCAGGCCUCUCUGCACUCUGCUCCACGGGUUCUGCAGCUCUCAGCUCCACGGCGGCCUUCCUGGGGCACGUGCCACGGCUUCUCCCUCACCCAGCACCCUUCAACAAGCCCACACAGGAUAGCAUGUCCCCCGAGGUCCAGAUGCAUGACCCUGCAGCUUCCUGCCGAGUCCCCUCGGCACCCAGGCCCCUCCCAGAGAUCAGCAUGUCCUGUGAGCGCUUGGAGGUCUCCAGUGUGGGUGGCCCUAGUGGCCGUGGCCAAGAGCCCUCGGCCUGGGCAGAGGCCACUGACAAAUGUGUGAACAGCACCAACGUUCAUGUGUCUGCCCAUGAGUUGGCUGUGGUGCCUGUGGCCCCGGAGGAUGUGGCCCCGCAUGAGUCUCCCUGCAGAGAGCAGAGCGGGCAGCAGGCAGCUUUGGGCAAGAACUUCUUUCAACAAAGAAGUUUCCUCCCAGACCCCAUCCUGAGGCUCAAGGGGGUCAUCGGCUUCGGGGGCCACAGCACCAGAUGGGCUCUGUGGACCAAGGAUGGGGCCGCCGUCGUGUACCCCUGCCACGCGGUCAUCGUCAUGCUGCACGUUGACACCCGGCAGCAGCGCUUCUUCCUUGGCCACACGGACAAGGUCUCUGCCCUGGCGCUGGACGGGAGCAACUCACUGCUGGCCUCAGCCCAAGCACGGGCCCCCAGCAUGCUGCGCCUCUGGGACUUCCAGACCGGGGCCUGCCUGUCUCUCUUCCGGAGCCCGGUCCAUGUUGUCUGCUCCCUCAGCUUCUCUGACAGUGGGGCGCUGCUCUGCGGCACUGGCAAGGACCGCCACGGGAGGACGGUGGUGGUGGCCUGGGACACGGCCCAGGUGGGGCGAGGUGGCGAGGCAGUCCUUCUCACGAAGGUGCACACUGACGCUGACAUCCAGGCAUUCAAGGUCGCCUUUUUUGAUGAAACCAGGAUGGCAUCGUGUGGGCGGGGUGGUGUGCGACUGUGGCGGCUGCGACGUGGGGGGCUGCGCUCCUGUGCCGUGGACCUGGGGGAGCACCAUGCGCUGGAGUUCACUGACCUGGCUUUUGGGCAGGACCUGGACAGCUGUACACUCUAUGUGUGCGGCCGCAGUGGCCACAUCCUGGAGAUCGACCACCAGCACAUGGCUGUGCGACAUGCUCGCCGCCUCCUACCCACACAGACUCCCAGCGGCCCCCUCCCAAAGAAGCAGACCUUCAGCUCGGGCCCCGGCAUCGCCAUCAGCAGCCUCAGUGUCUCCCAGGUCACGUGCGCCGUGGGCUCAGAGGAUGGCUACCUGCGCCUCUGGCCCUUGGACUUCUCCUCCGUGCUCCUGGAGGCAGAGCACGAGGGCCCCAUCAGCUCGGUCUGCGUCAGCCCCGAUGGCCUGCGUGUGCUGUCCACCACCUCCUCGGGCCACCUGGGCUUCCUGGACGUCCCAUCCCGGGAGUACAGCGUGCUGAUGCGCUCCCACACUGCCCUGGUGCUGGCCCUCGCCACCAAGUGCAGGCAGGAGCACCUGGCCACUGUGUCCCAGGACCACACUGUCCGGGUCUGGGACCUGGUGACCCUGCAGCAGCUGUACGACUUCACGUCACCCAAGGAGGCCCCACGUGCCAUCGCCUUCCACCCCACACAGCCAACCUUCUUCUGCGGCUUCAGUGGCGGGGCCGUCUGCUCCUUCAGCUUGGAGGCCACUGAGGUCCUGGUGGAGCACAGGUGUCACCGAGGAGCUGUCACCGGCCUGGCCACCAGCCCCGACGGCAGCUUCCUGUUCAGCUCCUGCUCUCGGGGCUCCCUGGCCCAGUACGACUGUGCUGCCACCCAAUGCCGCGUUCUGCGUGUGGCAGCUAAUGUGGUGUGCCAGGACGCCCACACGAGCCCUAAUGCCCUGGUGGUCAGUGGGGACAGUCGCCUGCUGGCUUUUGUGGGUCCCUCCAAGUACACGGUGACCAUCAUGGACACAGCCUCACUGGACGAGCUUCUGCGGGUUGACAUCAGCGCUCUGGACGUGACCAGCAGCCACCUGGACUCGGCUGUGGCUGUCUGCUUCGGCCCCGCACCUCCUGGCCACCUGCUGGUGUCCACGUCGUCCAACACAGUUGUGGUGCUGGACACCACGUCAGGCCGCAUGGUCCGGGAGCUGUCUGGUGUCCACCCCACGGCCUGCCCUUCCUUGGCUCUCAGCAGGGAUGGCCGCUUCCUGCUCACGGCUGCUGACCGGGCCAUCAAGGUGUGGGACUACUUGAUGCAGGCCAACCUCGGCUGCCAGGUGUACAUCGGCCAUUCAGAGCCGGUGCAGGCUGUGGCCUUCAGCCCCAACCAGCAGCAGCUCCUCAGCGUGGGGGACGCCAUCUUCCUCUGGGACAUCCUGGCCCCCACCGAGAGGUUGCCCCCAGGGAGUGUCCGAGGCUCGCCCGGGGCGCCCCCGGCCUGUGAGGCUGGCCUAGGUAUGAGGCAACUGGAGGACACAGUGUCCGGGGCCGAUGGGCUCCCCCGGUGGCAGGUGCCCGUGCCAUCCCAGGCAUCCCCGCCCCGGCUGGGCCCCUGUGCUGGGCUCCCUGAGGGCGGUGACGGUGCUUUCUCUGUGUCAGAUGAUGAAGGACCCUCUGAGGAGAGCCACGGCCCCAAGGGGCUCCGCCAGGCCUCAGGCUCAGCUCUGCUGGUGAAGGAGGCUGACGGGGUUGUGGAUGCUGCCUGUGGGGCUGCAGGGGACUCCUGGGGCCUCAGCAUGCCCCCCCACCCCUGUGGCCAGCCUAGUGCCCAGAGCCCCAGGAGAGCCAGGGCCCAGCCCGCCGCCCACCCAGACUCCUGUGAGCCCUUCAUGGCACGGGGCAAGGCCUCCUCACUGGCCAAGAGCGUCUCCUCCCCUCCUGCCAGCAGUGAGCGGCUGCACCUGAAGGCUGUCGUGGGCUACAGUGGAAAUGGGCGGGCCAAUGUGGUCUGGAGGCCGGACACAGGCUUCUUCGCGUACACGUGCGGCCGCCUAGUGGUGGUGGAGGACCUGCACUCUGGUGCCCAGCAGCACUGGCUCGGCCACCCUGAGGAGAUCUCCACGCUGGCCCUCAGCCACGACGCCCAGGUCCUGGCCUCUGCCUCAGGCCACAGCAGCACGGCCUCCUGCGGCCAGAUCCGCCUCUGGGAGGUGCCCGGGGGCUCCUGCCGGCAGCUCAUUUCUCACCGCGACCCCACCGUGCGAGCCCUGGCUUUCUCGCCGGAUGACAGGCUCCUCAUCACGCUGGGGUACGAUGGCGACUGCACCCUGGCCCUGUGGAGCAUGUCUACUUACGAGCUCCUGUCCUCCACCCGCCUCCCAGAGCCGGUGCAUGGCGUGGCCUUCAACCCGUGGCAUGCCGGAGAGCUCGCCUGCGUGGGCCAGGGUGCCAUCACCUUGUGGCUCCUGCAGCAGCGUGGGGCCGACGUCAGCCUCCAGGUGCACCGAGAGCGCAUCCCUGAGGAGGUGAGGGCGGGCAAGCUGACCUCGCUGUGCUACGGGGCCAUGCCCCUGCUCUACUGUGGCUCCGACACAGGCCAGGUCUGCGUCUGGGACACGCGUGCCUGCCGCUGCUUCCUGGCCUGGGAGGCAGACGACAGUGAGAUUGGAGUGCUGCUGUGCUCGGGCGUGCGGCUGGUCAGCGGGAGUGACAGUGGGCGGCUGCGUCUGUGGGCCGUGGAGGCCAUGCUGGAGCUGAGGCGCAAGGGCUCGGGCGCCAGGUCCAGCUCUGUGUUCAUGGAGCGCGAACUGACUCUGGAUGGGGCCAUCGUCAGCGCCGUCUUCCAUGACAGCAUGGACAUGGGCGUGGCGGGCAGCGUGGCAGGCACACUGUGGUACAUCAAUUGGGCCGAAGGUACCAGCACCCACCUCAUCAGCGGCCACAGGAGCAAGGUGAAUGAGGUGGCCUUCAGCCCCAGCGAGUCCCACUGUGCCACGUGCAGUGACGACGGGAGCGUGAGGGUGUGGUCCUUGGCCAGCAUGGAGCUGGUCAUCCAGUUCCAGGUUCUCAACCAGAGCUGCCUCUGCCUGGCUUGGAGCCCCCCGUCCUGUGGACGCCCAGAGCAGCAACAGGUGGCAGCGGGCUACAGUGAUGGCACGCUGCGUGUCUUUAGCAUCUCCCGAACCGCGAUGGAGCUCAAGAUGCAUCCCCAUCCGGCUGCGCUGACAGCUAUAGCCUUCUCUGCUGACGGUCAGACCAUCCUCUCUGGAGACAAGGAUGGGCUUGUGGCCGUGAGCCGCCUGUGCACGGGGAUGACCUUACGUGUGCUGAGUGACCAGCGGGGUGCCCCAAUCUCCACCAUCCAGAGCACAAGCAAGGAGGAUGGAGACUUUGGGGUGGAGGGCACGGACCUGUGGCUGGCUGCCAGCGGGGACCAGCGGGUCAGCAUCUGGGCCUCUGACUGGCCGCAGGGCCACUGUGAGCUCGUGGACUGGCUGAGUUUCCCGGCACCCGCCCUCAUGGAGGCUCCAGGCUGCCCAGUGCCCUCCCUCGCUGCCUUCUGCCCCUGGGAUGGGGCGCUGCUGGUGUGCGCAGGCCUUGGCGUGCACCGGGAGGUGAUCUUCUACAGCCUCCGCCACAAGCAGGUGGUGGAGAAGAUCCCAUUGCCUUUCUUUGCUGUGUCCCUGAGCCUGUCCCCUGGGGCCCGCCUCAUGGCCAUUGGCUUUGCUGAGUGUGUGCUGAGGCUGGUGGACUGCACCUCGGGGGCCGUGCAGGACUUCGCUGGCCACAACGACUCAGUGCGGCUGUGCAGGUUCACCCCGGCCGGCCGGCUGCUCUUCACGGCGGCCCACAGGGAGAUCUUGGUGUGGGAGGUCACGGGGUGCUGAGCGCAGCAGGGACAGGGGUCCUGUGCACCCUCCUGGUCGUGUUGGGCACCUGGCCUGGGCAGAGGCUCGGCUGAGAAGCCGUCCUGGCCGAGGGCCUGGUGCUGAGCCACGGCUCGGGGGCUCAGGCCCGGGUGUGGGUCAUCAGGACCCUGAGCGUACGUGAAGUGUUUGUUGGGUUUUACCCGACGGCUUUGCUGUGUUUCUACCUUGUACAGUUCAAAUAAACGUGGGUACUGUGUCAA